AUGACUUCUGUGCGCUUAUCACCAAAGAAAAAACGAAGGUUUUCCAUUGAUCAUGAUCAUCCCCGUGGGGAUCACGACUUUGAGGAUCAAGAUCUGGAUCAGGACGAGGAGCUCUUUCAUACGCCGUCUAGUUCACCUGUCCAGGAUUUGCCCUUUGUUCCUGUUAGGCAGUCGUCUUUGGGGAAGAAUGGGGAUGGCGCUGUUGAAUCUUCGAGUGGUUCGGCUAGUUUCCAGUCGCCUGGACAUGCAAAUUUUGGACAGUCACCUGUGAGGAGGGCUUUAAGUUUUACUUCGCCUGUUCAGGCACAGGGGGUGUUCCAGUCUCCGACAGAGACCAAUUCGGUUCAGCCACCAUCGAGGAAUCACAGUGCUCAGUCGUUUGUGCAGAGAUCGGCUAGCUUGACAUCGCCUCUCAACGAUAAAGGCGGCUUGAAAUCGCAGGCUAAGAGCAAUGCGGCUGGACAGUCACCAUUGAUGAAUCAAGGGAGCUUCCAAUCUCUGGCGCAGAGUUCAGCGAGCUUUACAUCUUUCACGAAACACAACCGGACUGCUCAAUCGCCGGCAAAAACGACAGUCACUCAGCCAAUAGGAGACUCGAAUGUUGUUCAGCCGCCAUCAACUAGGUCUGUGAGCUUUCAUUCACCGACACAAAUCACAGGCUCUCCACAGUUUCCGACAAAAGCUCCGACAAAGAAUCUGACAAAAGCUCCGACCAAAAGUCCAAAAGCGGCCAAAUCACCAUCUCAAUCGCCAAUGAAACAAAUGGAUUUAAGAUCGUUUGGUUUUGGUACAAGCAAACUUGUCAGUGACGGCCGUCCAGCCCAGGAUGAUAGCGAAUUCAAGAAACCUUCAUUGCUUGAAAGGCUUACUGCGGCAUCCGAUAAACAACCCCGAGAUAACAUCCAGUCUGUCAAUACCACCUUCUCAACUACGGACUCAUCAAUGUUGAAUUCUCGGAAUACCAGCAUGGACCAGUCAUUUGAUACAGUCAUGACGGAAAUCACAGAGCCAACAGACACGCAAUCAACCUACGCCGACUCCGUAGUUGGGUAUAUGAUCAGCGACGAAAUGAAUAGAAGCAUGGAUGCCGCUGCUACCUCCAUGAUGGUCAAUCAUGACCCUGCUGAGACAAAAUACCUGCUGGGAAAAGAGCUGAUCGAUGAACUUUUGUCUAAUGGGCCAUUUGCCAUGGAACAUUCCAUUCCAGGCACAAUUCCUCUGCGUUUCAGAUAUGAGCUGGAACGCGUAGGACGCGCAUGGGGUGUUCCCCUCAACAAAAUGCUUGUUGGUGAUCGUCUUCCAUCCAGCAGCCAAGAUGGAUUCUGGUCAUGGAUGAGUGGACACAGUCAACGUGGUGACCGUCCACUCCCGGAGCGAUCAUCUGGCCGGGCUUGGGAGUCUGCCCUUGGCUAUUUCAAGACAAAUGAACACUCUGAAGUUCCAGAGCGAACAUGCCGCUUCCAUAGACGAUUUGGCUCGGAUAGAUUUUUGUCUCUGACUGUUCCAGCACUCACUCGGCCUCCUAAGCAUCAGCGGCGAGAUUCGCAUCCUUCACUGCUUCGCGAGAGUAUCGCUGCUUGGCUUACUAGGAAUGACCACCAAUGUCUGGGUCGGACGUGGAGGGCAUUCUAUGUUGAAGAAGUAAAGAACAAACGGAAAUCUAAGAGCGAGCCCCGAUUUCGUGUGGAAUUCUUUGCUGUCGACGGUGAAGAUUUCGAUCAUGGAUGUGAACUACCGCCUCAGAUAAGCCCUCCUCGACAACUGAGUGACCAACAUACCCCAAUGGGUAUCGAUGCAUUACUGGAAUGGCAUAUGCCCAAAAUAGCAAAUAACAACCAGACCAACUGGAAACUCUUCCAGCGGCUAUCGCUGGGUCUAUCAAAGACCUUUGUGACAGUCACAUUGAAAACAACACAAGUUCUUCGCUUGCGAGAUUACCCGAACAGCACCGUUAUGAAUGAUGGAUGCGCAUUGAUGUCAAGAACUCUUGCAAAUCAAAUCUGCGAUCGGUUAGGAAUAACCUCCGCCACGCCCAGUUGCUUCCAGGGCCGAAUCGCAGGAGCAAAGGGUCUCUGGAUGGUCGAUCGACACCAAUCCAGCAUCACAAGCAUGAAAAACAACGACAUCUGGAUCCAGAUCUCCGAUUCUCAGUUGAAAAUCCAUCCGCAUCCCGAGGACUGGGUGGGUGCUGUUGACGACGAGAAGCUGACCUUUGAGGUUGUUAAUUGGGCCAAGCCACUCCACCCUGUUGAUUUGAAUAUCCAGCUCCUUUCGAUCCUUGAGUAUGGAGGGCAUGUCAGAGAACACGUUGCCAAGCUUACGCGCGAUAGUGUACAGGCUCUCUACAACGAUUUCUUUCAAGUGCUACAAUCUAACAGCCCUGUUGUCUGUCGAGCUCUCCUGCAGAAGCUUAGACCGUCGGGCAAAAAUACAACUAUUAAGUCGCGGGGCUUGGAGCAGUGGAUGAUGAAUGAUGCAGAGACUAUUAUCCGGCUCUCGGAGGCUGGCUUCGAGCCUCAGAGCUUUUAUCCAUUGCGAGUCAAGCUCCGCAAGUAUCUGACAUGGCUUCUGGAGCGACAACUCGAGGAGCUCAAGAUCCAUGUGCCUUUGUCUACAUAUGCAUACUGCAUUGCAGACCCUUACGGUGUCUUGAAUGCUGGCGAGGUUCAUUUUGGAUUCUCAAACAACUGGCGAGAUCCACAAGGCCAAUUUGAAGACAAUCUGAUUGAUGGCGUGGAUGUUCUUGUUGGUCGACUCCCUGCUCAUUAUCCAUCGGAUAUUCAACGGUGCCGAGCUGUGUGGAAGCAUGAGCUCCGUCAUUUCAAAGACGUCAUUGUAUUUCCCACAAAGGGUGAUAUACCGCUGGCUCAUAUGUUGUCUGGUGGGGAUUACGACGGUGAUACGCCAUGGGUUUGUUGGGAUCCGAUGAUCGUUCAGAACUUUCAUAAUUCCCCUAUGCCUUCGCAGGAUCUUCCUGUAGAGCACUAUGGACUGUCUAAAGAGUCGGUUCAAAUGGCUGAAUUGGAAUCGACAGAAGAAUUUUUAGAAAGUGCGUUCGCUUUCAAUCUUACCAUGUCCAAUCUGGGUCGAUGCACGGUUGAACAUGAGAACUUGGCAUAUGAUGAAUCAAUUGACUCUCCUAAAGCCAAAGAGCUAGCAUGUCUACUGAGCCAUCUUGUUGAUGGCCGUAAAGGUGGAGUUCACCUCUCAGAGCAGGCCUGGCAGGCGUAUCGCAAAACAAUAAGUCCCAAACAAUGUGCACUCCCUGCAUAUCGAAACGGGGACCGCAAGCCCAAAAUAUCAAACAUCGUCGACUACCUGAAGUUUGAAGUCGCAAAUCGUGAGCUACGCAUGAUCCUGUCAAAGUUGAACGAUGCAUUCCCCGAGAGCGAGAUCUUCGAUAACAAAGACGAAGACCUCCUGCAUCCAUGGGACUCAGUCGUCAAAAUGACCCGAAAUAGCCUUCCAGGAUCCCACGACCUACAAGAAACAAUCCGCGAGAUUCAAUUAUCAGUCGACAACUUGUUUAAGCUAUGGAGCCAGGGCCACAGAGCCUCAAGUGCAGCAAGCUUUUCCGCCAUUUCCCGCCAAGCUGCUGAGAGCGCUUGUGCCCUGUCUCUCCCGGAGGGCACACAUCCCCUUAUUCACACCUGGCAGAACAGUCGGAGUGAGUGGCUACAGGUGCUCGCAUCGUAUGCAUAUCACCGAAAUCCGCGCUCAGGAUUCGUCAUGCACGCUUUUGGCGAAACAUUGUGUCAGAUCAAAGCGUCUUGCUCGGCUUCUCGCCUUAUUACCAAUGAGGUCCUUGCUUGUUACAGAGUCAACCAGAAGAUGGUCUCCCAUCUUACAGUCAAUGACUUGCCCGGCAAUAACGAUACUUUUGGGGAUGAAUAUGAAGGCACAGAAGCCAUCGAGGGUUUGAUCGCCGUUGAUCAAGGUGCCCCGGUUGGUUAUUCCCAUAAUUGGGAUGAUGGAAUGUCCGUCGAAUGA